AUGGCGCUUAAACGAAAUUUCCUCGAAGCUCCUGAGGCAUCAACCAAAAUUCCAAAAUUAGCGGAACCCAAAGUGGAUUAUCUUCUGCCAAUUGAGUUCGUUAACAGUGGCUCUUGCCCUUGCAUAACCCAAAUAACAGCUGCACUUUUCUGCGUCAAAGAGAGAAAGAGUGUGUUUCAAUGCUCCGUAUCCAUUGGAAACUCAAAUUGUCAGCCCUCAAAUGGAUCUCACUUUACUGUCGAUAGUUUCCAGCAGGCUCUCGAAGAGGUAAAACUGUCUGUGGAACGUCAUUGUCAACUAUUCGAUGUUGUAAUGUUAACCAAGGGUCAUAAGGGGAUUCGAAAUGGCCUUCACCAUGAAAUGAUUCACGCAAGAGUUAAGCAAUCGAUUUCGAACGAUACAUUGUGGUGGAAGUACUUUGAAAUCGAGCAGUUUUCGCCUAAUGAAGAUUAUAAUAAGGCAAGAACUCCUCUAACAACAGUUGAAUGGAUGUGCCAAGUUGUUGAGAAAUAUUUGGUUGAAGGACAUCCGUUUGGUCAACCUCACCAAAUUAAGCCCCUGUAUAUUCAUGCCAUUAUUCCAGAAAGAACGGUUAUAUCCCCUGGCACAGUUGCAGAAAUGCAUCAACUCCCAUGGACUGCAACACCAUAUACAAUAGCAGUUUUCUUUCGAGGAUUGAAUAUACGACCUGGGGGAAUAGCUAUUAAAAUAGCCGAAGGACGUCGUAGUAACACAGCUUAUAUCGCUUUUGAAAGUGAUUUGGAUGCCCAAUUAGCUUGUGAAAGGACAACGCAAGAAGAUUAUGAUGUACUAGCUAACCUUGAAAUGUCAUCUGUCAAUCAAAAUAAUCGUCCGAAUAGUGUGCUAAUUUCAAUGGUUCCGGAGUCGCUUUUUCUUCAAUACGCUGAGUGUCGAUAUCCCGAUAUUGCUAAUUUCCUCCAACAAUUAACUGACGAAAAGCAAAUUGUUGUACGAAUACGGGGAUUACCAUACACUACAAAGAAACCCGAUAUUUUGAAGUUUUUCGAACAAGUUGAUGCAAAGGUCUUAAAUGAGGAAAAUGGAAUUUUCUUUGCAACCCAUGCUGACUGUAGACCAACGGGGGAUGCCUUCGUUCUCUUCCUCGAUAAUGUGAAUGCCGAUAGAGCUCUAACAAGGCAUAGAAAUUAUCUUGGUCAACGAUAUGUCGAAUUAUUCAAAGCUUCACCGUCUGAAGCUGUUCAGGUUUGCCAAAGUGCACAAAAAAUUGGGACUCCAGGCAGCAAUACGAUCCCCGGUUUGGUGAAUAAACUCUUUAAACCUCAAUCAGCUGGACUGACCUUCCCAGACCCUGCCUCAACUAUUCCAAUUAAUUCUGCAAUCACAGCAUCUCCAAUUUCGGUAGCAGGACUAUCUGGAAAUCUAGCCAUUCAGAAUAUCUCAGCUGGUCUUAUUAAUCCAUUCCUCCUCAAUUCAUCGAUAUUGACAAUGCCCCUAACGGCGAACCUUCCUAUGAUAACAGAGUUGAAUGAUCCAACGGAUCCCAAAAGUUUAUUUCCACGACCUUUGCCUCCAGGUGGUGCUAGAUUUGUUUUGCAAAUUAUGGACCUACCUACAACUUACUCAAGGCAGGAUAUGAGAUUAUUUCUGGGAUUGGAUGUGUUUACCAAAAUCUAUAGGAUGUGUAAAAUCACGACCUGUUUAACCGAUGAUUCGUGGCUUCUUCUCUUUGCUGAAUUCGACGAUGCAGUUUGGGCCAUGGAGCAGUUGAUCCAACGACCUUCUGCAACGGGUGUCCUUCCACGGUUCAUCCUUUUUGAAAUUGAUCCACGUGACUUUCAGUUGAAUCUUGUACGUUCUGGCCAAAUGCCACAGCAUUUUUUGUCAACUCGAGUGCUGAAUAUGCAGAUGCAAAUGGACUCGAAUAUUCGACAAUCUGGUAGGCCAAGGUCUCCCCAGUUUCUGCCCUUUCCUCAAAAUGGACAAGAAACUACUGCGACCUACCUCGUCAUUUUUGCCAAUCGAACUGAUGCUGCUCUGGCAUUGACACACUGUCGUUUGGGCACUCUUCGUGAUAAUGCAUUCAUUGUAUUGACAAAUCCAAUGGCCAUGUCAUCACCACAUCCAAUAUCAUUAAUUUCGAAUUUUCCUGGCUUGAUACAAGGAAGUAAACCUCUUUAA